AUGUAUUGCGCCGCCUGCCUUGCGGCCGAAGAUUGCGGGACGAUAGAUAAAAGACUGGAGAGGCUGCGCAGCUUGCUAUAUUGCACCGAGUGCAGUGUACUACACACAAGGGCACUCUUCCCCGAGGACAAUGCAGCAUAUGGACUCGCCUCCAACGAGCAAAUCUGUAUUGGAUGGCUCGAAAGGCUUACGGUGUGCGAUCAUCGUUUAGCCACGUCACUGUCGUGGCGAGAUAUGAUAGAUUUCUCCGAAGUGGCCCGCAACAAGACGUGUCAGAUUACAUGCCCUCACCGGUCACACCAGCCUGAACCGAAGUCCGGUCGAUCACGGAAAUCUGGAUCCGAAUUCCCACGAUUCUUUGCGCAGGAACUACCCAACGAUUUCACUACGCGGAUAGGGUAUGCCUGGGAUCUACCUUUGCUCGACCUUGAGCAUCGAUCUGAUCAUAGUCUACCUGCUAUUCAAGAAAGGCUUUCCAACUUGGUUGUAGAUGCGUUGCACAACCACAACCACAGGCUGUGCCCGCAUAUUUCUGCCGACAAAGAGAUUCGCAAUUUUGUUCAGUCUGGCAUCUGCAAUUGCUUCGCAAAACAUGACACUCGCCACGUUGGCCCGAAGGCCCCAUGGCCCAAAGCAUGCGAGUGUGGACGGCAAGUGACGCUCGAGUGUCGAAUCUGUGGUGCGGUAUACAUGUGGUAUCUUGCCAGGGGACAAGUAUUUCUCUCGCUACGGUACUCGUGGAAUAUCCAGAAGCCGAGUAGCUUUGGAUGGCUGGGCCUGCUAGGGUUUCAAAUGAAGUUUUCCUCUCGGGAUAAUCAGCACGUCCUCUGGUGUGAUACACCAAACUGUCGGACAAAUAAGAGGCGGCGGUGGGAAGCACUGGUGAAGGAGAACGUUGCGGGGGAAUAUUUUGAGGACCGAUAUUUAGGACCUGUUGCCCAUGAUGAGCAAGACGACGAUGGCCCCGACGACGGGACCCCAGACGACGAUGGCUCCGUUGAUAGCUUCCAGAAUGAGGAGCAAGACGAGGAUUUUACGGGGUUGAAUUACGGUUUCGAUUUCGAAGAGAUGAUGACAGCGUCCGAAAACGGUUCCUUUCAGAACUGGUAA